AUGGUUCAAAAACACGCUUGUGAUGCAUGUCACAAACGUAAGAUCCAGUGUGAUUUGACAGACUCUACUGCCCCCUGUAACUGGUGCCAACACCACAAUCUAGCUUGCACUUUCGAUCGUGUCAGGGGCCGUAGGAAGAAAGCCGUCAGGUCUAGAUCCAAACAAACAUCGGAAGGGAGCCUUGUAGAAAGAUUGAGAAAAGUGGAAGAAACACUUGCUCGAACGCUUGCUAGGCAGAAUGACUCUUUGAGCCGGGUAUCACAACAUUCCAAUCCCAGUUCUCCGCCCUCACAAAACAGGCGGAGCCAAGAAGACUCGACAAUGAAUAACGGUAAAGAGCCCAUUCAGAUGGCUGCCACACAGCCAGACUCAUCUACUUCUCCCAUGCUGGACCCAGAAUCUGUCAUCCAAAGAGAGAGCCUCCCUCCUGUUGUGAGCUCUCCCAGUUCUGCUGUUAGCUAUGGACAGCUCCAUUUUGGCGGCUUUCACUUAGGCCACCUUAGCCAGCAUAAUGGGCUGCCAUUGAUAUCGGAUCAAGGCAAGGAGUGGAUUGCGUCUAAAACGGACAUGCAGAUUGAUUUCGACGAAGGACAACAGCUUCUCCCUACGCUUGCACUACCCUUGUCGGCACACCCUUUCAUCGACCCACAGGACCUAUAUACCCUCCCGGAUAGAAUGGCCAUUGAAACACUUUUCAAUGCGUUUGCCAAUUCAUCAUUCAGACUUGUUUUCCCCCUUGUAGACCCAGGACUUUUCUACGAUACAAUAAACCUGGCAUAUCUAAGCUGGAGUGGAAAAUCUCCCUCACUUGAGCAAAUGAGCCAAAAGGCCUGUGUCCUAGCCUUUGCGUCUAUAAUCCCAUUAUUCCAAGGGUCGCUGACUGAUCUACCCCCUGUGGACACCGAUAUAUGUGCCACCAAAGCUCGCGGCCUUCAUGCUGGGCGACUCCGUUCCGCUUCCAUGUUUCACGCCAUUGCUUGCCGCAUGGUCUUUACCCUUGGCGGCCAACACUACACCACAACUGAGACCAACAACGGUCGUAUCUCUCGCGAUGGUCGACAGCGUCGCCAAACAAGACUGCUCUUCUGGCUCAUCUAUAUCUUCGACAAGGACAUCGCUCUCCGGACUGGCCAACCUCCUUUGAUGUCUGAUGACUACUGCGACCUGACCUUGCCGGAGAACUACCUGGAGUGCUACGAAUAUCUCCCUGGCCUAACUCAUCAUCUCCCCCUUGAGUCUCCUGGUGACAAUGGCCUCACACCCCAUCUUCCAGGAGAUCCACGUCUGAGUCAUAUCAAAGAAAAGACCAGCCGCUUGCUCUACUCCGCGCAAGCCGCUAAAAAAACACCUGCUCAGCUUCUAUUUGACAUCAGAGACCUAGACAACGAAUUGGAGACUUGGAGAAAGUCUAUCCCGCAGACCUUCCGACCCCAACUUUCUAUUGUCAGUGACUCUCAAGUUAACGUUGAAGGGAUGCAUCUUCCGCGCAGCAUGCGGGCCAUUACCCUUCAUCUUGAAUACCACCACCUUCUGGCCACUAUUCAUCGCGCCAGUGGCAGAUGCAUGCAUGAUCCUGACCAUGAGGAGUCAAACGUUGACGCACAGUGGCCAUCCACUAUUGAAUCAGGCGUUGAAUCAAGCAUUACUCUGGCGCUAGAAGCGAGCCGUUCAACGCUUGUGUACCUAAAGGCGGCCUUAAAAGGACUAGCCGGGGAAGCUUUCUGGGUUGUUGUGUUUUACCCUACCGCUGCUAUGAUUACUAUCUUCUUCAACAUCCUCAUGCAUCCUCUCCGUAUAACGGCCCAUGCAGACCUACAACUACUUGUAUCUGCCGCUGAGUUGAUCCACAACCUUCCAUCAUCGCACCACAUGUGUCACCAAGAUGAACAAAUGACUCUCGUCAAGGGGUUUUGCAUGGAGCUUGUUCGCCUAGCCAGUGGUGCAAUCAGAAAGGCUACCUCUGAAUCGCAACAAGAACAUGGAUAUCUGCCAACAUCCGACUCAUAG